AAAAAAAAGACUUGUUGCCUCGCCGCUGUUUGCCAUUCUCUUUUCUGUGGACGAAACUCAACCUUUAAAAGAAGGAACCAGAGAACGAGAGCCAGCUAUAGUCUGAGAGAGAGAGAAAGCAUUAGCCUUAGAGAGAGAGAGAGAGAGAGAGAGAGCUCGGUUGUCUCUGAAAGAAUCCAGAAAAGAUAUUAUGGCAUUGAAGCUUAACCCUUUGGCAUCUCAGCCUUACAACUUCCCUUCCUCGGCUCGUCCGCCAAUCUCUACUUUCAGAUCUCCCAAGUUCCUCUGCCUCGCUUCUUCUUCUCCGGCUCUCACCUCCAAGGAGGUUGAGACUUUGAAGAAGCCAUUCACCCCACCAAAGGAAGUGCACCUUCAAGUCCUGCACUCCAUGCCACCCCAGAAGAUCGAGAUCUUCAAAUCUAUGGAAGGCUGGGCCGAGCAGAACCUUCUAACUCAUCUCAAGGACGUGGAGAAGUCGUGGCAGCCCCAGGACUUCUUACCCGACCCUGCAUCCGACGGGUUUGAAGAUCAGGUAAGAGAGUUGAGAGAGAGGGCGAGAGAGCUCCCUGAUGAUUACUUUGUUGUUCUGGUGGGAGACAUGAUCACGGAAGAAGCGCUUCCGACCUAUCAAACCAUGUUGAACACUUUGGAUGGAGUAAGAGAUGAAACUGGUGCUAGCCCCACUUCAUGGGCUAUUUGGACUAGAGCUUGGACUGCAGAAGAGAACCGACAUGGUGAUCUUCUCAAUAAGUACCUUUACUUGUCUGGUCGUGUUGACAUGAGGCAGAUUGAAAAGACCAUUCAGUACUUGAUUGGUUCAGGAAUGGAUCCAAGGACAGAGAACAAUCCUUACCUUGGCUUCAUCUACACCUCUUUCCAAGAAAGAGCCACCUUCGUCUCUCACGGAAACACAGCACGCCAUGCUAAAGAGCAUGGAGACCUCAAACUAGCCCAAAUAUGUGGCACAAUAGCUGCAGACGAGAAGCGUCACGAGACCGCUUACACCAAGAUAGUUGAGAAGCUCUUUGAGAUUGAUCCUGAUGGUACUGUCAUGGCGUUUGCAGACAUGAUGAGAAAGAAAAUCUCGAUGCCUGCUCACUUGAUGUACGAUGGGCGUGAUGACAGCCUCUUUGACAACUUCUCUUCAGUGGCUCAGAGGCUCGGUGUUUACACUGCUAAAGACUAUGCGGACAUUCUUGAGUUUUUGGUUGGGAGGUGGAAGAUUGAGAACUUAAAGGGGCUUUCGGGUGAAGGAAACAAAGCACAAGACUACUUAUGUGGGCUGACUCCGAGAAUCAGGAGGUUGGAUGAGAGAGCUCAAGCAAGAGCCAAGAAAGGACCCAAGAUUCCUUUCAGCUGGAUACAUGACAGAGAAGUGCAGCUUUAAAACGGGACUCAGACAUGAAACCUCUUCCUCUCCGCUCCUCAUUUGAUCUGUCUGCUCUUGAAAUUGGUGUAGAUUACUAUGGUUUGUGAUAAUGUCCGUGGGUCUAGUUACAAAGCUGAGAAGCAGUGAUUUAGUAGCUUUGUUUUUUCUUUCAAGUCUCUAUAUGUUUUGUGUUUGGUUCUUUGAGUAAACUUCUUGUAGUUGAACAGUUGAACUGUUUGGUCUGUACUCAGUUUUCACUCUGGAGUUUUGUUUCAGUUCAUUGCAGAGAGAACUUCUUUAUCCAUUAAUAAGAAACUUGCUUCAAGGUA